UGUUGAACAACUAAGAUAAGCGAAAGCGUCACAGAAGUCUCUACUUACCUCAAUUAUCGCAGACAAUAAGAAUGGAUGCUAAAAUAAUCCUCAAAGGAUUGCUUCUUAUUCUUCUUAUCGGCAUAUUUGAAAUACAAGUUUUCGCAGCUGGACAGCCACAUUCAUGCGCCGACAUCUAUAAAGCGGACAUAACUAGGACCAGCGGGGUUUUCACAAUACAUAAUCGACAAGGUCAAGGUUACCACGUAUACUGUGACAUACAUGACGGCUAUGGUUACACUUACGUUUCCCCGGCAACGAGAGUAGCUGUGAACAUUGCAGAUCUUACUGAAGGCAAUAAUAAAAGUCAUGUUCUAAUCCGUGAUCGUAGAACAAACGGAAAACAAUACGUCGCAUGGAUCGAGCAACUUUCACAAUAUGCCAGCGUUCCCUUGUCAAUUCAGUACAACGCCCAUGCGAACUAUGCUGGAUUUGUAAAUGGCAAAAUGUCACCAUAUAUAUAUUUAGGGUUUAUGCCGACUUCGAGAAUACACAAGGGUGAAGUUCAUGGUUACAGGGUUAACGGACAUGACGUUACGUACAGAAACUGUGACGGCAACCCUAAUAGCUACUUUGUCUUUCUGUUCAACAAGAACAACCUCGCAGUAACAAGCUACAGCACAGAUAACGCACUGAUUCAUAAAUGGGUCGAUCUAGCUAAUGAAGUACCCUCAAGUCAAAAUAUUCCUAGUACAUUUUUCUCCGAAUAUGAAACUCAUUUUGGCGGGUGCGGCGGCUUUGCAACAACGCAUGUAAUCCCACAAGUGACAGGAGCUGCUCUUGGAAUAAGAUACAACAUUGCCUGUCCCACACCUGCUGAUAUACAACAUGGUACCAAACGUGUAUCUGGAAAUCGAAUGGUUGGUAGUUCGGUAACGUACACUUGUAACGGAGGUUACAACAUGCUUAACGGUGAUUCCACACGGACCUGCUCUAAAACCGGAAAAUGGACAGGGUCACUUCCAUUUUGUGGACAAUUUCCGUGUGACAGCCAACCGUGUCAAAAUGGCGGUUUUUGCUUUGCUGGACCGGAAUCUACCUACGUCUGUGAAUGCCAGCCGGAGUAUGGAGGAACGUACUGUCAAAACAGAAUUCAAGGUGGAAAAUGAUUUAUAAAUAGCUUCAGUAUUAAAGAAUGUGUGUUCUUUUGUCA